UGGAACUUCAAUCACGCACAAACAUCAUGGAGCAAGUGGCCAAGCGCCUGCAGGAAGCGACGCUUCUCCAGCGGAAGCGCGAUGAGCUGAACGAACUCAAGGCCAAGCGCAUUGAGAAGUCGAAGGGACCAGCGACGUCCUUUAGCGGAAAGCAGAAGAAGGUGCAAAUGCGCGAGAAAAAGGCGCGCAUCCAGCAACGUCGCGACGACAUCAAAGCGUUUGCAAACGAGCCGUUCUUUGUGGAAGGGUCUGAAGAACCCAUCGACUUUAACACGCUCAAAGGCAUCCGCACGUCGACGUUGAAGCUGUCGGCGUCGCUCGGUCGACAGACCAAGGACUUGGUCGACAAGGAAGUGUCGUCGUUCUUUGUGAAAGAAACCAAGGAGCAAGUGCAGCUGCGCAUCAUGGAAGGCCAGUACCCCAUCGAUAUGUCGCACCGCAAGAAGCCCUUGCUGUGGAAGGAACUGACGCGUGACCCGCUGUUGGACUUUCCCCAGCGUCCAUCGUGGAACUACAAACAAUCCAAGGAAAAACUGCACGAGAAUGAAAGCAUUAUGUUUGACGACUGGUUGGCCAACAUCCACGACAAAUAUGACGUCGACGAGCUCAAUCAUUUCGAGCAUAAUUUGGAAGUGUGGCGCGAACUGUGGCGCGUGUUGGAGCGGUCGUCGCACAUUGUGAUUGUGGCCGACAUUCGAAACCCGCUGCUGCACAUUCCGCCGUCCGUGUACGACUACGUCACCGAACGCAUUCAAAAGCCACUGAUCAUCGUCCUCAACAAGAUCGACCUCAUUCCACUCGACUUGGCGCUGGCGUGGCGCGCGUCCCUGACCAAACGGUUCCCAAAGGCCACGCUCUUGUACUUUUCCAGCCGAUCGAAAUCGAUCCAGCACCAAACCGACCUCAACGGUCGUCGCAAAGUGCUCAGUGAAAAGCUGAAAAUUGGCGACUUGUCGGCGGUUCAAGGCGCCCAAAGCAUCCUCAUUGCUUGUGGGAUUGACCCCGAAGCUGCAAGUGUCAUCAUCCACAGCGUGUUGCAAGCAGAUGACGAAAAAGGUGACGAAAACGGUGACGAAAAUGGUGACGAAGACGGUGACAACGCCGACGUGGCUCACCCGACAACCACCCCCGCGACCAAAAAAAGUCGGCGGAAAAACAAAGAAAAAGUCAAACUCCAGCUGGCCGAAGCGCGCGAACUCCGCGACGUGUGCGACUACUGCGGCGACGACGCGCCCGUGGUGAGCUGCCAGACAUGCGCCACGUCCUUCCGCGACCUCCGGCUCUGCGGCCGUUGUAACCGCGACAUCCACAAGAAUCAGCGCCACAAAGUCGUGCCGUUGGAAGGCUGCGUCGAGGCCGCGGCGGCGGCGGCAGCCGAAGCCGACGAGCUGAAGCGACUGACCAUCACGAUCGGGCUCAUCGGUCACCCGAACGUGGGCAAGUCGAGCGUGCUCAACGCGCUCGCGGGCAAGAAACUUGUCAGUGUGUCCCAUACCCCGGGGCACACGAAACGCCUCCAGAGCAUCUUCAUCGCGCCGCACAUUUGCAUUUGCGAUUGCCCCGGGCUUGUGUUUCCCUUUGCCGGCGUCCCCAAGCACAUGCAAGAGCUCGGCGGGUUGUUUCCGUAUUCCCAGACCCGUGAACCGUUUUCAGCCGUCCGAUUCUUAGCCGAACACGCGCCGUUGGAAUCGAUUUUAAACCUGGCAGUACGCACGCAAGAGUUUGACGGGUACUUGGAGCCCCUGGUACCGUUGUCCAUUUGAUUGCGAACUGUCAACAGAAUAAAUAGGCGCUGAUUUCUGGCGCAAUAUUGCACACACAUAUUGUGUAGGAAUGGUCCUCGUGGACGUUGUGCGAGGCGUACGCAGAGAAGAAAGGGUACAAAACCGAGCGGCGGGGCCGACCAGACCACCACCGCGCCGGCGCCGAGCUGAUUCGAGAUUGCAUGGACGGAGUGCUUCCGCUGUACUUUUACCCCCCAGACUACACGGGCCCGUACUUGGACGGCACGCAAAACGCAUCCUACUGCGGUGACGACGCCGUGCACAAGUUGAACCACUUGGACAAAAACGUAGCCAAUGCUCCGCCCACGAACUGCGACGACACUGAUGACGAAAGCGAUGACGAUAAUGGGGACGUUGACAACGCCAAACAAAGCGGCGGCCACACGAGUGCGUGGAACCUCUUGAACGAUGACUCGAGCGACGAAGAAAGCAGCGACGACGAGUAGUCUCGCUUAUCUUGUUAGGGAUAGUAGUGCUAGGCAGGUAUCGAUGUUGUCUUAGCAAGAAGAUAAUAUCGUUGUCGUUUAUCGUCGCGAGUGUUUGGGCUGCUUGACGUGGCGCACGAGUAGUGGCUUGCCGCUGAGGACGAUGUCGAGGCUCUU